AUGGACGAAAGUGAAAUUUGGUUGAGUGACGGAGACGAGGGAGACUUUGAUGAGGACGAUGAAGAAACCUCGGAUCCGACAUUUUUCAAUCUCGGGCUCACAUACCAAGGCCAAGAGGGAGGACAAAAGCAAAGGAAAGCAGUUUCAGCCUUCCGCGGCGGCUCGAAGAGAAGACCUGCUUUCACUGUUAGUUGCAAUGCGAAAGCAAUAAUCCACGGGGAAAUGGGUCCUUCUUCAGAUAAACACGCUACCCUUCUUGUAUACGAGUUCAAAUUCAACUCAUAUAAGGGAGCGCGCAUCAAAGAAGCCGACGUCUUAUUCGAGUUCAACGCCAUGAAAGGCAAGGCCGGCGGGCCAUCAGUUCACCGAGUCGCACCAUAUGGGCUCCAUAAGAUGGAAGAAACAAGCCAAUCUGAAUCUUCAAAACAUGGAGUAGAACUCACAGUCGGUCCAAACAUUCCCGCUAUCGACACAGGUUUGACACUCUACGGUGAAGCGGGCGUGGAGAAAGUUACGAAGCAUCAUACCGUGGUGAGUGGCGAUAAUCCUCAGUCGGACGAUUGGGGGAAUUACUUCCAGGCGCGCUUUUUUCUGUCUGAGAACAAAUCACAAGCCAGCGGCAUUCCUUCUAAGCUUCGUGCUUGCAUUCUGCUGGAGCGAGACGACGACGAAGACUUCGUUUGUGUUCCCUAUCUGAAAGUAACACCAAACUUUACAACUAUGGUGACCUCUUUGUUCUCUUCUAGAGAGCCCGAUGAUCCCAUUAUAUUUAGCGUGGACGAGCCUCCUCUCAAUGAAUUAGAUACGGGAGUCGAUAUUGAUGUCGAUAAUCUAGGAGCAAUCGACUUGGAUCAGCUUUGGGACUGCACUACAUACAACGAGUACGGGCAAUCUAUCAAGCGAUCUGGGUCGGAGAGUGCUGAGCGUACUCAAGAAUAA